CUCUUCCUCCCGUCCCACCACCAUGGAAAUCCCCCCCAAGAGUCCUGAUGGAAGUGAGAAGUCCCCCCAGUCCAAGGAGCUGAUCACCAGUGACACGGGCAGCACCCUGUGCAUGAGCUCCCGCAGCGAGUCCGUGUGGACCAGCGCACCCAGGAGCAAGUGGGACAUUUACCACAAACCCGUCAUCGUGGUGUCCGUGGGAGCUGCCAUCUUCCUCUUCGGGAUGGUCAUCACCAGCCUGUCCUGCUUCCUGACCGAGAACAAAAACGUUUACAAAAUGACCGGCCCGGCCUUCCUGUCCCUGGGACUGAUGCUCCUGGUCUGUGGCCUAGUCUGGAUCCCCAUCAUCCGCAAGAAGCAGAAGCAGAGGCAGAAGUCACAGUUCCUACAGAGCCUCAAGUCCUUCUUCUUCAACCGCUGAGGGCAGCCAGGACCUUCCUGCAGAGGUUCCCCUCUCCUCCACCAACCUGUGUUGAUCAAGCCAUGAAAACAAACACUUUCUUGUACUCCCUAGAGGAUUUCACCCCAGUCAGUGUCUUCCCUACGUGGUUUCCAGUGUGAAAAUGAACUUUGUACUUCAUCCAAGCCAUCCCAGGAAAAAAAGGAGCAGGAAUUUUCAGCUGAGCCCAGAAAGGCAGGUCCAAGGUCUCUGCAUGGCCCCCCUGUCCAAAGAGUGACCCAACAGCACAAACUGGGUAAAGCAAAGCCCCAAAGGAACCGGGACUGAAACAAAACCCUGAAGGAACCCAGAACCCCCAGGAAGUUCUGCAGGAUCCAUCAGCAGAGAGGAGCCAUCCGACUGGAGCCACAAUUCCUUCCAGCCCCCUAAUUUGUCAGACAGGCUGGAGGAUCUGUGCAGCAUCAGGAGACACAGCAGAAGCAGAGGGUCUCAGAUCCUGCUGAGGGUCCCAGAUCCUACAGAAGGGUCCCAGAUCCU